GUUUGGGUGCUGGUCUCUUGAUAAGGGCAGUAAUUAUGCCUUUUACUUGUUGUAGAUGUAAACAACUAAUCGUGGGCCAUACGAACAGAACAUAAACCGAGAGAUUCAUUAAGCAGCUCGCGGUCGCCCGUUCCUGUCCUCCGCGAAUCUCUGGUAGGUACACAUGGCGGCGGUCCGCCCAGCCUGGUCGCCGCCCCACCUCGCCGUGGGCGCCGCGUCGACGUCGUUGUCGCCGCGCGCAGGCACCCCGUCCUUCCUUCCUCUGGCCAGCCGCCACGGCCGCACCUUGCCGGCGCCGGUGAGGAGGAUACGGUUCCGGUCCCGUUGUCUGAAGAGCCCUUCGCAGCCGGAGCCGGGGCGGGAGCACGAGGACGACAACGCCGGCGACGAGGAUGUAGCUGCAAGCAUCCAUAAGAUGAUACACAAAUUCCAAGAGGAAUUCAGAGCCGCCUUGGGUCUGCGCACACCCGCCGAUAUGUUUCUGAAGGAGAAGAGCCAAAUAUCAGUCAUCGAGCGGAAGCUGUAUUCUUCCCGUUCCAACGUUCUGAAUUCAAAUGUGAAGGCGGUUGCCUUCACGGUUUGCAGACAAGCAAUAUUGGCUCUAGAUUUAGCUUCAGAGGUCAUGGAUGUUGCGGCAUUUGGGCUUGGCAGAUCCGAAAUUUCUCAAUGUACAACGGAUCAGAUGGUGAGGACGUACGCAGCUAUCUUUUGUGAGGCAUCCAAGGAUGCAUAUCAUAAUAGGGGAAAAAAGGAAAGUAUUCUCACCUUUCUGGAUGCUCUCGGAUGUUUAGGGUCAAUAACACAUAUCCUUGUCCAAGAUACCGUGGAUAAGCUCCCCGAGGGUACUUUCAAAGAUGAAAUCACCCGUGAUUUGCAUGCACUUCGCCAUGUCUUCAAUAAAAAGAUGAAAAAAUUGGCAGAAGAUUUUACAGAAGCAACACGAAUUGACGGAGACGAGAUAGUGGAACGUACUGUGCAUAAGACACUCUCGAAUGGUACAACUUAUACAGGUUCAUAUAUUUCUGAGCUGAUUAAACGUCGGAGGGCUGCAUUACUCAGAGGUAACCAUUGGUGAUCGACAAGCCUGACUCUAAUUAACCUGAACGGAAUUAUCAAUGCUUAGCAAGCAUACUCGGGGUACUUCUGAAGACCAAGGCUAAGCUGUGUGGCUGCUGUGUUUUUGCGUUGCUCCACAUAGAUUAUUCUUCUAGAGGCAACUUCCGAGUAGUUUAGGAUGUGUACAUAGCUGCCUGCAUAAAACAUAAAGUUAAGGUCCGAUGAAAUCAAAAUGGACUUUUAGAAGUUAAGUCUAUAAUUAAUUUAGAUGAUCUUUUUUACUUUUUAUUUGUUAGCACUGGUUCUUUAAAAUAGUAUUUUUUAAGGUAACUCUUCCACGACCGUGAGUUGUCAUAUUGCAUCAAGUUACAUGUUUUCUUUUAUUUGUUACGGUGUAACACCAACGGAG